GUGUGUAUCUGCACUACAAUGUUUCUAUGGACAUGUUGAGAAACAUUGAAAGGCUGCCUGUAAAACCAGUUAAACAGGAGAAAGAGAGAGGGAGAAGAAGACAUGAGUUACUCAGGGUUUGUCCUUUUCUGACGAUGUUAGAGUUGUACUGUGUCACUAUAGCAGGUGCAUGACAGAGAAUAAACACAUCGCUGAAGUACAGGUAGAGUCUACCCAAUCUAUUUUAACAGAUAAUCACAUGGAGCACAGACAGACUGAGGCUCCACCCUCAUAUGACUCUGUGGUGAAUCACAACACGGCUCCACCUUCAUAUCCGAGUCUUCAGAUAUUGUCGGCCAACCAAAUCCAGCCGUACCACAUUCCCCAGCCAAUACCUCAAACAUCUGCUCCUCGUGUAGCAGCGACAAUCCCGUCACAGAGAAGGCAAGUUCUCUGCAAGAGCAAAAGGUGUUGUUAUGGAGGGUCUAGUGGUGCUACUUUUGUAGUGGUGCUGGUUGUUAUCGCCAUAUGGCUGGGAGUCCGUUACGGGCCGACACUGUGGGCUUUCUCCAAGAGCUCGAAGGAGACAGACACAUGCCCCCUUUCAUCAGUUGACUGUGAUGGGAAGAGAGACUGUUCUCAAGGCAGCGAUGAAUCUCGCUGUGUGCGGUUUGGGACAGCUAAUGAAUUGCAGGUCAUGACCUUUAAGUCCGGGGUCUUCCUUCCAGUCUGCGCAGAGGGUUGGAAUACAAACAUAGCUGACCAAACCUGCCAACAGCUUGGCUUCAGGAAGAGUCAUAAAGAUGGUUUCUUGCUAACCAACUCAUCCACCUUUCAAAGUAUGAACAGUCAGUUUACAAACACCAUCCAGGAAAGCGUUAAUAGAAGUACAUCCUGUCCUGGUCAGCAGACCGUGUCCUUGCUCUGCAGCAAAUGUGGAAAGCCACCCGUCUCCACAAGAAUCAUUGGGGGAAGUGUGGCUGCUGACGGUCAGUGGCCCUGGCAGGCCAGCUUGCAUUUCCAAGGGUCUCACACAUGUGGAGGAACUCUGUUGGCUCCAGACUUCAUCAUUACCGCUGCUCACUGCUUCCCCAAGGAUACAAGAGACUCUCAGUUGCCUAGUAACUGGAAAGUGUAUAUUGGUUUGGUGUCCCAGCUCCGGCUUCCCAGCCCAUAUUAUGUAAAGCAAAUAAUUUUACAUGAGAAGUAUGACCCAGUGACAAAAAACAAUGACAUUGCCUUGCUAAAACUCAAUACACCUGCCAGUAAUAUACAGCCUAUCUGCCUGCCUGUGUUUGGCCAGACAUUUUCUCCUGCCCAGCAGUGCUGGACUACUGGCUUUGGAGUUACCCGGCAAGGGGCUGCGAGUGGUUCCACUUCUUUGAUGGAGGUCAAAGUAGACCUGAUAGUCUCAUCUGUGUGUAACUCAUCUACUGUGUAUCAUGGAGGUAUCACAGAGAAUAUGCAGUGUGCAGGAGAUCUUAACGGAGGGAGAGACUCCUGCCAGGGCGACAGUGGGGGUCCAUUGGUGUGUAAAGCUGAUGAUCAGUGGUAUCUCACAGGUGUAACGAGUUGGGGAAAUGGCUGUGGAAAGAAGAACCGUCCAGGGGUCUACAGUAACGUCGGGAGACUUUUAAUGUGGAUAUAUGGCAAGAUGCAGCAAGAGCGACCAUGACCUUCUGUGACCUUGAAAAACAAAUAGGCCAACUCUACUCAGCUGCAGACACAUCACAGAUUUGACAACAUUUUACACAGAAUUGCAGUAAAAUGCAGUAAAUAUAUUUCUGUAACAUUCUAUUAUUUAAAUUAUGAAGAUCCAAAGAGUUUUAAUCCUUUUGUAAAUAAGAUUGUAUUCUAUUCUGGAGAUAAAAAUGUUCUUGAUUAAAACAUAGACUACAUUACUGUUUAGGAACAAAAUACAAGAGCAUUUAAGCAAUACAGUUCCCUCUGGAUGCAUUGUAUAUUGUGUAUUAUGUUCUGAGGAGGUCAUCAACUACUGUUUCCUAGAAUAAAUGCAAUGAAAAGA